AUGACUGAUAUACCCCCUACCCUAAAAAAUAAACUCGUUCUUUUCUUAUUUUUCUCGUUCUGCCGCUACCUUUCCUCUCUCGUUCAUCACUCUGGGUCUCUCGCCGUCGUUCGUCGCCGGCAUUCUCCAACGCAACGCCGAUCGUCCGGCGAUCCACACAAAUCCGGCGAUCUCCUUUCUCCCUCUCCGACCAGCUUCGUUUUUGCUUGUACUGAACCAAUUUGUGUUGCUAACAGAUGGACGAAAACCUCACCACUGUUGUUGACUAUAGAUGCAUCGCCCGAGUGGUGGGAGGAGAAAAUAAAGGAGAAUAAAGAUUAUGCAAAAUUUAGGAACGCAGAUUUGAGCCUAUUUGAUGAGAAAUAUGCUUUUUUGUUUCGGGAUUCCGUUGCCGUUGGAGAUCAGACUAUGACUCCAUUACAGUUUCAAAACAAUAGCAAUCCAAACGGAGAAAAUGUGGAAGGCAAAGGAGAUAGUGAUGAUAUCAAUUUAGAUGAUGAUGUUGAGCCGCUUUUUCCUAGUUUCCAUGAAAGUAGUUCAAGUAAGAAGAAAAGGUCUAAGCAUGUUUCCAACAACCGUUCAACCAAGAGUAAAAGUUCAGUUUUCGAAGAAAAAGUAGAUGCUUUGUUGGAUGCCAUAUCAACAAAAAGCACACAAACUUAUCCACAAAAUAAUCCUUCGCCAACAAUAGCAGAUUGCAUGGCCAUUGUUACCAAGUUUCCCGAUUUUCGUGAAGGCUCCAACGAAUUUUCACAAGCAUUGUUUGUGUUCACCAAAAAGCAAAAACGUGAAGCUUUUAUGUUUCCAACGACUGACGAAGCCAAGAUGGGGAUGGAUAGUGAUGAGUCUAAUUCUUCUAAUGAUAAUGAAGAAUGGUGGGUGGAAGAGGAUAGACAAUUUAAAAUGUUAUGUGGAUUAGCUUUAAAAGGUAUAAUACUAGCUCGUAACGUACGUAUGCCAUGUCACACUUCAGACCGCACAGGGAACAUGUUUAUUAAUGAAGUACUAAAUGGACAUCCUAGACGGUGUUAUGAGAUGUUUAGAUUGCACGUACCGGUUUUUAGACAGUUAUGCGCAGAUCUUGCUACAAAUUACGGGCUACAACAAACACGAAAUAUAUCUAUUGAGGAAUCUGUAGGAAUAUUCUUGAUGACGUUGGCUCAUGGGUGUAGCAAUAGAUUUGUGCAAGAGUUUUUUAACCAUUCGGGGGAAACAAUUCAUAGGCAUUUCCAUACAGUUUUGAAAGCCGUGCUAAAACUGAGUGCCAACAUCAUCAAGCCAGACGCAAACUAUAAUGAUGAUGUUCCUGAAUAUAUAUUAAAUAACCCUCGAAAGUUUGGUAGGUUUGAUGAAGCGUUUAAUAGGGCACAACAAGAAUCCUACAAUCCCAUACGAAGUGAUACUAGUAGUGAAGUUUACGAAGAAGGUCCAAGUACACGUCGCACGAGUGGUGAUGAUUUAUAUAUGGCAGCGAUACGAGAUAUUAUUGCACAAGAUAUAAACAUAUUGCGAAGACGAAUGUAA